CUAGCAGGGAUGCGGUAAUUAUGCCACGACCUGGGUCGGGGUGUUCUGAUACCCGUAGACAGCGCCUGGAUAGGACAACGGGGGCUAGGCAGCGAGGAGCCCGGACACAAAGCCCAAGGAGCAGGCCGGGAAACAGCACAAAAGGGCGGUAAUGGCCUGCGGAGUUGGAGCAUCCGGCCCUGGUUCUCUCCGGGCGAGAACGGUGGUCUAUACUGCGGGCCGAACCGCACGGUGCUUGGAGCCCAGCUCGCUGUGGACCAAGACUCCCUGAAACGCUGACCCAUGAACUUGACAAGGAAGAGGGCAACGAGAAGGGCGUGGGGCGAUGCCCGCGGCGGUCACCGGGUCGAGGGGCACUCCAGUUUAACUGGGUAGAGCUGGGCCUGCCCGAGCCGCCCCCCAGCCCCCCCAUUCCUCUUGUUUGUCUCCAAGUCCGGCCGGAACCGGCUUCUGCUCGCCGGGGGGCGGGUGGGUAGCUGCUGAUUGGCCGACGCCUGUUUCCAGCCCCACUCAGCCAAUCAACGGGCGGCAGUGUUUUUCAUCUUAGGAUAGGAAUAAAAGGGCUGGAAAUAAAGGGGACAGAAAAGGCGCCGGGCGGGCCCGAUACACACUGGUAGGAGCCGGGUGAGCUGGACUCCCAGGAUCCGGGUCUCAGACGAGGGUGCGAGAACCUGAAGCCGCUCGCAGGCAGGGGUUGGAGGGAAGGUGCAUACUUGUCAGAGGGACGACACCGGGAGGGAGACGUAACGAAAAAGGCCAGGAGGACAGAGGGACGGGAUCCGCUUCUAUGGAAACGGGCUAAUCGCCGGGGUAACAGCCCGACACGGGGGUCGCGCGGUUGGCUCGCGCCGCCGGUUUGAACCGGCUUCGCCUCUCCCAUGCGGGGUUCGCGUGGCGGUAGCGCCUAGCGACCUAAACACUAACCAAUGGCGCGGCAGUUCCUGUGCGGUCCCGCCAAUGAAAGCGCCGUGGGCGGGCCGUUUCGGGGCUCCCUGUGCUGAUUUUGUGGUUGAAGGAACAAGCACUAAGGAAGGGUCUCGAGUGCGGGCGGGCGGGAGCCUGUCAGGGUCCCUGGGAGUGGCAGCUCUCAGGUGAGCCUCUGCUCAGGUGACCUUACUACGAGCUGCCUCCCUUUCCGGCCCCCAAAGUGGCUGUUCAGUCUUGCUUGGGAUCAGGACCCGCUCCACGUCCUUGAGCAUAAUUAGCCCUUUUCCAGCUGCCAUGCCUCAGUUUACCUCCGAGUGAACUAAGGGAGAAGCCUUUCCUCUUGGCCAGCGGGGCUCCACUGUGGCCUAAGGUGUCUGCAGAACCGGAGCCCGACCACCGCCACACCGCACCAUGGCGCCCACCCUGGCCACUGCCCAUCGGCGCCGCUGGUGGAUGGCCUGCACCGCUGUGUUGGAAAACCUCCUUUUCUCCGCAGUCCUCCUGGGCUGGGGUUCGCUGCUCAUCAUGCUCAAGUCCGAGGGCUUUUACUCCUACCUGUGUACGAAGCCAGAGAAUGUCACUAACAGCACGGUCGGGGGCAGCGCAGAGCCGGAACCCGAGGAGUUGAGCCUGGUGAAUGGCUGGCUCAGCUGUAAGGCCCAGGAUGAGAUUCUGAAUUUGGCCUUCACCGUGGGCUCCUUCCUGCUCAGUGCCAUCACCCUGCCUCUGGGCAUCAUCAUGGACAAGUAUGGUCCAAGGAAGCUCAGGCUGCUGGGCAGUGCUUGCUUUGCUGUCUCCUGCUUGCUGAUUGCAUAUGGAGCAAGUAACCCAGACUCGCUCUCUGUGCUCAUCUUUAUCGCCUUGGCUCUGAACGGCUUUGGGGGGAUGUGCAUGACGUUCACUUCGUUAACACUGCCCAAUAUGUUCGGCGACCUUCGGUCCACAUUUAUUGCCUUGAUGAUUGGAUCCUACGCUUCCUCAGCAGUUACCUUCCCAGGAAUAAAGCUCAUCUACGACGCUGGCGCCUCCUUCAUUGGCAUCCUAGUGGUCUGGGCUGGCUGCUCUGGCCUGGUUUUUUUCAACUGUUUCUUCAACUGGCCACUCGAGCCCUUCCCAGGCCCAGAGGACAUGGACUACUCGGUGAAGAUCAAGUUCAGCUGGCUAGGCUUUGACCACAAGAUCACAGGGAAGCAGUUCUACAAGCAGGUGACCACAGUGGGGCGCCGUCUGAGCGUGGGCAGCUCUAUGCGGACUGCCAAGGAGCAAGCCGCCCUGCAGGAGGGCCACAAGCUGUGUCUGUCCACUGUGGACCUGGAGGUGAAGUGCCAGCCUGAUGCUGCAGCGGCCCCAUCGUUUAUGCACAGUGUGUUCAGCCCCCUCCUGGUGCUCAGCCUGGUCACCAUGUGUGUCACACAGCUGCGACUUAUCUUCUACAUGGGGGCUAUGAACAGCAUCCUUGAGUUCCUGGUCAGGGGGGACCAGAAGACAGUGAUGGCGACUGUUGCCCUCUAUACCUCCAUCUUUGGCGCACUCCAGCUGCUCUGCCUGCUGACAGCUCCUGUCAUCGGCUACAUCAUGGACUGGAAGCUGAAAGAGUGUGAAGAUACUUCAGAGGAGCCUGAGGAGAAAGAAGGCACUCAAGGUGAAAAGAAGCAGAAACGAGACAGGCAGAUUCAGAAAGUCACGAAUGCCAUGCGGGCCUUCGCCUUUACAAACGUGCUGCUUGUGGGUUUUGGGGUGACCUGCCUCAUUCCCAACCUGCCUCUACAGAUCUUCUCCUUCGUCCUGCACACAAUUGUGCGAGGAUUCAUCCACUCUGCCGUAGGGGGCCUAUACGCUGCCGUGUACCCCUCCACACAGUUUGGUAGCCUCACUGGACUGCAGUCCCUGGUCAGUGCGCUCUUUGCUCUCCUGCAGCAGCCGCUGUAUCUGGCCAUGAUGGGUCCUCUGGGAGGAGACCCUCUGUGGGUGAACGUGGGUCUGCUCGCCAUGAGCAUGCUGGGCUUCUGCCUGCCCCUUUACCUCAUCUGCUACCGGCGCCAGCUGGAGAGGCAGCUGCAGCAGAAGAGGGAAGACAGCAAGCUGUUCCUUAAGAUCAAUGGCUCAUCCAACCGGGAGGCUUUCGUGUAGUGCCCACCCACCGCCUCAGUUGUGGCCUCCUGCCUGUGCUUCAGUGACUGACUGCAGUCAUCUCCCCACCCCAGAGGACCUCAUGCUCUCCCUGGAUCCUGCCCUUCACCACACUGGAGCCCAUACUUCCUCAGAACCACCUGGCCCUGCCGUGGAGUGCUGGUGUGGAGGGACAGGAGAGGGCCUGGGACAAGUGAACCUCCCACUGCCAGAAGCUGGGCUGCCCUGGCCUAGCUGUCACCCCAGGGGCUCUGAAGUCUCCCGAUCUCCAUGGGGCUUGUACCUGGAGCCAAGGGGACCUUUUCAGCGAGCAUUUCUUUCUUUUUAUUUUUUCUUUCUCUUUCUCACUGAUCGGAUUCUGCCUCUUGCCAAAGCAGAGGGGCCUGCCAUCCUCCAGCACACUACCUGUCCCUGAGCUGCACGCCCACCAACCACGCCCACCUGAGGACAAAGGCUUGCGCUGUCUGCACUCCCCUUGCUUGGCCCCUUACCUCCCCUGGCCAGUCUGGCUGCCUGAGGAAGGAAGGACCCGCUUCCUGUUGUUGGUGCUAACCCCUUUGUCAUCCCAACACCCCCCUGCCCGUGGCUAGUCUCUGGCCCCUCUUUUCCUUGAAAGCCUGAGAAGAAGCCCCCCCUGUCUCAGGCUGGGGAAGGAGUGGAGGGCAGACUAUUUACACAAAGCCUCAAGAGCCCUGGGCCAGGCUUCUUCCUCCGGAGCCAGAGCAGUGUCUCUCUGCUGGCACGCUUUGUUCCAGUCUGCAACCUGAAGGGAACUAAGGGGACACCACAAGGGCACCCUCCCAUCCACCCACAGCUGUUUUUCUGGGGUGGAAAUAAGGCUGUGACUAGACAUGAGGAGCCAAGCCUAAAUAGGGAAGAGGAUUAGUGAGUAACCCGAGGGGUGUGUGUUUAUGUGGUACGUGUGUGUGCAUGUGUGUAUAUGGUAGGAGGCUAGCCCCAGGGGCUGCUUUUAUCAGAGUGGACCAGACCAGAAGCCAGCCAGCCCUACAGCAGGCUCAAAAUAGGAGUCAGCCUUGCUUUAUGAUGGGGACCUGUGUGUAUCGGUGUGAUCACAGUGCCCCCUGCUGGCAGACUCACAUCAGGGGACUGGAACGGUUCAUGUAGUAGAAGCCUAGCCGGCCUGCCUGGCUCACUAACCCACCUUGCCUUGACAACCCCUAGAAACCCUGCCUGAGACCUCUUGGGGUGCCAAGAGGGGUACAUUGGUUUUUAAGUUUAUGGUUUUCUCUUGUUUUAUCAUGAUUCUUUUUAUGAAGCAAUAAAUCCAUUUCCCUGUUGGUAAUGGAUGCCCCUCCUCACGUAUCAGCUAAUUACUGUAUGUGCCUAUUUUAUAUUUGAGAGGAGAGACAGGGCAAAAGGGUCUGCCAGGAAGAAAAGAAAAAAGAAGCCAGACAUAGUGGCACACAUUUUAAUCCCAGCAUGGGAACCUGAAGCAGGCAGAGUUUGAGGCCAGUCUAGUCUACAUGGAGAAUUCUAGGGCUACAUAGUCAAAAUCUGUAGAUGUUCUGCUAGUGACAAACCCAGCUACACCUGGGUGACAUGUCCAGGAAGGGGCAUGGGCAAAGGAAAGCCCUGUCUACCCUGUCCAGGGAAAUGGGGCUGUGGAGAGGUGUGGGCUGCCCUCACUGCUGUCUGUUGCGACUAGACAGACCAAUCCAGAGAGAGCCUUCAUCUCCACUGUUGGCUGUUACCGUGUAAGCCCAAGGGUUGUUAUAUGGUGACUCCAGGAAAGUCCUAGGCUAACUAGCACCCAGGCUAACUGAGAUGCCCUCAGUCUCAGUGCAGGCCCUGUUGUGAGAGUGGACUGCCAGGUCUUGACUCCAGUCUGUUCAAACAGUAAUCACAUAACCCCAACAGUGAGCUAGUGGAAGCCCUUUGAGGCUUCUCAUGGCUCAGUGGUAGAGCUCACUCUUAACAUGGCUAAGACCCUAGGUUCUGUUUCCCAAGAGAGCUAUUGUGUAUUUUCCAAACCAUCUCUCAGAACACUUGUCUGUGAAAAGGUCUAGUGGGGUACGCUGAGUUAAAGUCAGACCUGCCACUUCACAGCAGGGAUCCACAGCCCUUUCCCCAUGUUCCUGAGCAUUGGAGCUGGGGGUAGCACCAGGUGUAGUGUCAGGAGGACCUCUUUGAGUUCAAGCCCAGCCUCCUGUACAUUUCGAGUUCCAGGCUAGCCGGGACUAUUCAAUGAGACCCUGUCCAAAAAAAAAUCCAAAAACCUGUUUGCAAGGAUGUGGAGAAAAAUUGGAAGUUUUAGGCAUUGCUGUCUGAGUGGUGGAGCUGAGAGCUGUGGAAACAUGGCACAGUCCCGUAAUGCCAGCACCAAAAGGCAAAGGGUGACAUCUUUCAGCAUGAGCUGCAACCCUGCUCACACACAAGGUUGUGACAUGCUGAGUGGUGACAAAUCAUAGCCAUGUGCGACAUGGUGGCUACUUGGCUGAAAUGUGGAUUGGCUCCAGGCCUGGGUGUGGAUGUAGCUCAGUUGGUAGCAUGUUUGCCUAGCUUACCCAAAGCCCUGGGUUUGAAUAAACCUGGCAUGGUAGUGCAGCACUUGGAAGGUGGUGACAUCAGGAUCAAAAGUCCCUCUUGGUCAGAUAGUGAGUUUGAUGCCAACCUGGAAUCCAAGAACUCUCAUCUUCGGAAAAAAGAAUGACAAAAUCAGAUGGCAGACCACUGGUCUCACCUAUGUCUCGAUUUGAUUCUGGUGCUGCCCAGAGGUUAAGAUGCCCCUGUGAGGAAGAGAAGAGGUUGAGGGAAUGUCCCUUCCUGCUAGGGAUAUAGCCUGCAGACACAACCUGUGCAGUUCCCAGCAACACUGAGGGGCCCACACUUUUGAUCGUGAUGCUGUAAGGGUAUAUAUCCUAGGAUUGAGACACUAGAAAACUAAAUGUGGGAUGGAAAAGAGCCAACGGUACUGGAAGAUGAGAGACGUCCACUGGUAGCAGAGAACAGGUGUGGCAAGCCAGAUGAGCUCUCCCUAAUCAAGGGCCAUCCUGCGCUGACUUGGCAGACAUGUCAGUGUCUUUGAAUCACGGUGACAGCCUAGAGUGGUAUAGAUGCUUGGAGAAGCAACCCCAGAGGACUCUCCUGUGGGUCUCAAGUCACUAACACAGCCGAGGCUGUCUCAGCUAGAACCCCCCCCCCCCCCAUUGGAAGCAAAGAGCCCAAAGGGUGCAAGCUCAGAAUGGUUUCCAUAUCUUGGAGCCAAUGCUUUCUCAGGUUUGAGGCAAGCUAUUUGCACAAGAGUCACGUGAGCUCUGGAGGCUGAUGGGUCCUUGCAGGAAUAAUUUCCCUGAUCUCUUCAACCUCAAGAAGAGUUACCCCAAGAUAGGCACAGAAGCACAGGCUAGACACAGGCUAGAGGCACCGAUGGAAGGAACAGGAAGCGAUGCCAGCCUUGUGGUUUUACCCGUCAAGGACAGUCUCACCAGAAGCCCCUCCUUUGUGGUCUUGGCGUUCAUCAAGGAUGGAUUCCCCUGGGACUCUACCCUUACGACUCUGCCGGGACCUAUUCACAGCUGGCUCCAACCUUCAUUAAAGCCAAGGUACAGGCCCUCGGGACCACCUCCUGUGCUCUGUCCCCUACACCCACAUCCAGAAGUUCUGAUCAAAACUUGUACAUAGCCAGCCAGUGGUGCUGGUGCACACCUUUAACCCCAGCUCUCCCCUGCUCAAAGCUCAGCGCUUGUCUCCACAGAGCCCAGCCACAGGGGCUGUUAUAGCCUCAACACUGUUCCCUAGGAAGGGCAGUAAGGUAGUUGUGGGUUUUAUGGCAGUGACAGUGCCUUAUCUGUGAAGCUACUAGGCACAACCUAAAAUUGAGUAAUAUACAUAUAUAUAUAUAUAUAUAUAUAUAUAUAUAUAGAGAGAGAGAGAGAGAGAGAGAGAGAGAGAGAGUGUAUUGACUCAGCUGUGUGGAAAGAGCACCCAAGGGUUACAGGAGGGCUGGCUUCUCCUCGGGCUGUAGCUCUUCCCUGGAUUGAGGGUCAAGAUGAGGCUGUGUCCCCAUGCUCUAACCUGCCUUGGGCCCUAGAGUGUGGACAGAGCCUCCUGAGCUGAGGAGAGUCCGUGUCCUCUAUGAGGAAGGUAUCAUGGCUCUGUCAGCACAGCCACCAACUAUGCCCCUUGGUCCCUGCAGUGAGUCAUUCUUCCAUGGAUAGAUCCAAGACAGGACCACAGGUCACUUCCUAACCUUGACUGUUCUCUGAGGGGAGGCAUGUGGGUUAGCAGCCACUCCACAUUCUCAGGGAAAGCUCCUGCCAUUUCCUCACGUGAAAUGGAGGCUUCUGUGCUCUCACGAGGUGGCUAAGGGGACCUGUAGGUAAAUCGCAAGAACAGCAGUGUGUGUAGCUCACAGCAGAAACUUAACACCAGGACCCUGGAGAAAGGCAGACAGCACGGGAGCCAGGCACCCCCCCCCCCUCCUAUGACAGGACCCUGACACAAGGGGACUGACCAUGUCAGACUGGUGGCCAGAUAAAGAUGGUACUGACCUCAGUCUCUUCAGAAGUCGUCUUACAGAGAAGCCUUAAGUUCCCCCCUUGCCUACUUUUCUAUUUUGUCCUUCACGUUUUUGGUAAGAGGCUUGGCCAAAGAGUCUUGAUGUCAAAAGUCCCAGCAGCCCGUACCGCCUUUUUGAAUGACUACUUGGCCAGGCUGUGUGUGUGUGUGUGUGUGUGUGUGUGUGUGUGUGUGUGUGUGUGAGAGAGAGAGAGAGAGAGAGAGAGAGAGAGAGAGAGAGGUGUGUUGGAGAGAGGUGUGUUCUGGUGUGUCUGUUGAGAGAGAUGUAUAAGUGUGCCUAUGUGCUGUAAUACUGGGAGGCAAAGGAAAGGGCCAUGGCGUCCCUUUCUGUUACCAGGAGCAUCUAGGCAGGUCAGAAUGCAGGCCACAUGGAAGACCCAGACCAAGCCUUAGAGUGAGGCCUGAGGGUGUGUUCUUCAGUUCACGGGGUCACAUCGUGUCACUGUUAACUCAGCAGCUGGCCUUGGCUCUUCCCUGUCACUUCUACUGUUCCUAGCCCCCAGCAUACUCCUUGGCACACAGUAAGCACUUAAUAAAUGUAUGCUGAGAAUGAUGAAGAA